CAGAACUGAGGCAGCAGAUGUACUUCUAGGCACUGAACUACUUAAGAUUCUCGCUGUUUAAAACUUUGUAAUUUUACUUGGUUAUCAGUGAUGUGGUACAAUCUCUCACAUGAAAAGAAGCUCUCUGCAAUUUGCUGGACUGUAAUUUAUUUAUUUUGCACCAAUGUCCAUUGUGAAGAUGAUGACAUUGUUCUGACCAAAGAUGGCAAAGUAAGAGGGAUUCAGAUACCAGUGUUUUCUAAGACUAUCACAGCAUUCCUUGGAAUACCUUAUGGAGAACCCCCAGUUGGAGCUCUGAGAUUUAAAAGACCGGAACCUGUCAAAUCAUGGACUGAAAUAUGGAUCGCCACCAAAUAUGGAAACACUUGUUAUCAGUAUGUUGACCAAACAUUCCCUGGUUUUUCUGGUGCUGAAAUGUGGAAUCCUAAUACUGACCUAAGUGAAGACUGCCUUUACCUUAAUAUAUGGAUACCUAGUCCAAAGCCAAGAAAUGCCAGUGUCAUGGUAUGGAUAUAUGGUGGUGGUUUUGAAACCGGAACAGGCUCUUUAGAUGUUUAUGAUGGGAAGUUUAUGGCCCGCAAUGAACGUGUCAUUGUCGUUUCACUCAACUACAGAGUGGGUGCAUUGGGAUUUCUUGCUUUCCCAGGUAACUCUGAGGCUCCAGGGAAUGUUGGUUUGUUUGAUCAAAGACUGGCUCUUAAGUGGGUUCAUGAGAAUAUUGCAGCAUUUGGUGGGAACCCUAGAAGCAUAACACUUUUUGGAGAAAGUGCUGGAGGAGCAUCGGUCAGUUAUCACCUGCUUUCUCCUAAAAGUUAUCCAUACUUCACAAGAGCUAUUAUGCAGAGUGGUACUGCUAAUGCCCCUUGGGCAGUUGUGAGUAGUGCAGCAGCACAGACUCGAGCACUUACAUUAGCAAACCUAUUAAGCUGUUCCUUCAGAAAUGAAACUGAAAUAAUUGCUUGUCUUCGGAGUAAGACUCCUCAAGAAAUAAUUGAAAAGUCACUUUCAGUUCUAACACAGAGAUCAUUAAUAGAAAUUAAUUUUCUUCCAACGGUGGAUGGAGAUUUUCUCAUCGAUUUUCCUGAACAUCUAUUACAACUCGGACAACUUAAAAAGAAUACACAAAUAUUAACUGGUGUUAAUAAAGAUGAGGGGUCAUAUUUCUUAGUGUAUCAACUGCCUGGGUUCAGCAAGGAUCAUGAAAGUUUGUUAAAUCGGACUCAGUUUCAAGACAGUGUAAAACUGGCGUUUCCAAAAGCCACUGAACUUGCAAUAGACUCUAUCCUUUUUCAUUAUACAAACUGGGAAGAUGAACAGAAUCCCACUCACAAUCGAAAUGCAAUGGAUGAUAUUGUGGGAGAUUACAAUUUUAUAUGUCCGCUGCUGGAAUUCACAAACAGAAAUGCUGAACUUGGAAACACAGCUUAUGUGUACUUCUUCAGUCACAGAUCUUCUAAGAUGGCAUGGCCAGGUUGGAUGGGAGUAGUUCACGGCUAUGAGAUUGAAUUUGUAUUUGGAAUCCCAUUAUACAGACGACUUAAUUAUACAAAAGAGGAAGAAAUUCUGAGCAGAAACAUAAUGAGAUAUUGGGCGAACUUUGCAAAAACUGGCAAUCCAAAUGGGGUACAGUCUCAGGAAAACAGAUGGCCAGCAUUCACACUCGAUGAACAACAUUACCUUAUGUUAGACACAGAAGACUCAAAGACAGAUCGAAAAAUGCGUGCCAAGCAGUGCAGAUUCUGGAACAAAUUCUAUCCCAAAAUCCUGCAGAUAACAGGAAAUAUUGAUGAAGUAGAACGGCAGUGGAAGGCUGAAUUCCAUCGCUGGAACAAUUACAUGAUGGACUGGAAAAAUCAAUUUAAUGAUUACAGCAGUAAGAAGGAAAGCUGCACUGGUUUCUAAUUAAUAGCUUUACCCUUUAAAGAAUUACCAUAUUAUGAUUAGUAGGUACAAACAUACUGGUAGUCACUUAAAAUGACUCUGUUGCCUGGCUAUUCAUUUCAACAAAA